GAAGAUAGUCGGGAAAGAAGACCAAAACGAAAGUUCCGAAGAAGAAAGACGAAGGAGAAAGGGAUGAUUUACCGAAAGUGGAGUUUGCUGUCCGGUCCACCGGUUAUCCUCGGCGGAGCCGUGAUUGCCGCCGUUGCCGUCGGAUUUGUCUUGCAAAACGUAACAAAAGGGGAGCAAAAGAAGAAUGUCUCAACGAACAAGUGAGAAGACUAAAUGAGAAGAUGCUACAAAAUGUGGUGUGUUGUUAAUCAUGUGAUUUCAAACAUUGUAGUUCUUGCAGUGUAAGCUCAAUAAUGCUUUUGGAAGCUUUGGAAUACACUGAUCUUUUUGGUGUUCUAGAUUCUUGUUGCCAAUAAUGAUAUUUCAUUUUCCA